AGCCUUCUCUCCGUUCCCCUUCAUAACAAACGGUUGGUUUGUGUAAAUCCAGCACCGUGUGCACGUUUCAUUCGUUUCAUCGCAUCCAGAGUCGUAGACGUUAUCCGGUAGAUUUAUAUGCUUAUGGUGCAUUUGUGUCCGGAUCAUAUUUCCGUUAUCAAAUACAGAUUGUGAAGUGAAAGUGGACGUAUUUGAGCGAAUCAAGUCCAUCCCGUCGAAUUGUUUGAACCGGUUUAACCCGCGGAACUGCUGCAGAAGGAUGGAUGCGCUAACCGAGUUACUCUACGCCUAUAUGGCCGCCCAGCAGAGCCAAUCGCCCUCAAAUUUGGCCCAUGCCCUUCGUAUCAAUCAGAAGCCCAUGUCCCUGUACACGACCGAGUUCCUCCGCCUGGCUCCGCAUUUGGCCAAGUCCGAUGUGGUCGCCUAUCGGAACUAUGUGCUGAAAAAUGGUCCCUUCAUCGAUGAAACGGUCGCUCCCGAUUUGAUCAAGAGCAACAAAAGGGCGGCCGAUGUUCGCCAAGCAGGAAAUCGGCACUUCCUGGCCAAAGAUUACCUCGAAGCGCUGGAAAAGUACAACGAGAGCAUUUGCUGGGCGGAUGGGCCCGAUUCGGAGGAUUUGGGAAUCGGUUACGCUAAUCGAUCGGCAAUCUACUUCGACAUGGGGGAGUACGAGCUCAGUUUGGCCAACAUUGCUCUCGCUAAGAAACACAAUUAUCCGGAACGCUUGAUGCCCAAGUUGCUCACGAGGGAGCAUAACAGCAAGGAGAAGAUUGCCACCGGCCAUUCCAAGUUGGCAAUGCGAUGUCCUUCGCUCGCAAUGAAAGUCGAAUCCCAUCCUAAGCGCCCCUUUAUGGCUGCCGGCAUUGUCCAGAAGGAAUUGCCCAUCUACGGGAGGUCUCUGGUGGCGGAGCGCCCAUUCAAAGCAGGUGACGUGAUCCUGCAUGAAAAAGCCUGGAUGGCAGCGAUUAGUCCAGAGCUCAAGUACCAGAAUUGCAAUCGCUGCUCGAUCGCUAACUUCCACAGCUUGAUUCCAUGUCCGAACUGUGUUUCGAUCAUGUACUGCAGCGAGAAGUGUCUGGAAGAGGACUUGAAGUACAGUCACAGAUUCGAGUGUGGCAUAAGUGAGAAGCUGCAUCACAUAUCCUACGGAAGCAGUCGAAUUUUAAUGGGUCCCCGAGCUUUCUUCUAUGGGUUGACCCUUUUCAAGGAUAAUCUGGAAGAUAUGAUGAAAUUCUGUGAAGCGAAUGGCAGAGAUGGAGCAGAUCCGUUGACCUUGGAUUACUCGAACUACGACCCGUUGGAGGAAUUCAAAAUCUUCCACAAAGUAAAGCUUCCGACUAACAAUUUCCUGUACGAGGAUUCAUUCCGGUUCUACGCGGCCGUUUACUACUCAGUCUACAUGAAGCAUCCACUUGUGCGCUCCCUCGUCGUCACCAAACCCCAGAAAGACUUCAUGCUUCGGUCCUUCCUGGACUACACGCGUAUCAUCGGGUUCCUAAUCAUUGGACCCCGACAGAACUUCACCAACCAGCUCUUCUCGAUUGCUUCCGUCUGUAACCAUUCCUGCGACCCGAACACGCUUGCGGCCGUCCAUUUUGACCAGCUCAAGCUCAUCGCCCUCCGACCCAUAGCAGCGGACGAGCAGAUUCAAAUCUCCUACGGACCCCUGGCCAUCAAGAACACCGAUAACGAACGGCGCCAAACGCUCACCAUGUACCACUUCGAUUGCAUUUGUGACUCGUGUGACGCGGCCAAGGCGCGCCGCAAGAAGGCAGCCGGCAAGAAACUCCCACCGGUCCCGCUCAAACAUCUGAUGGCAUUGAACCAGCUGCUCGAGGAUGGUGACGCGGACGAUGCGGCCAAGUUGACCAUGCUGCAGCAGUUUGCUAACCGGUACAUGUACACAUACCCUGGGGAGAACUACAUGGACAUGAUAGACAUCUACCGGAAAGUCCUGGCCAUUACGUUCACCAAAGAGAUGGAGGACCAUAGGCGCAACAUUGCUGUUAAAAUGGCUUGAUUUCUCCGAUGAUUUACGAUUAUUGCAAUUGUUUCUUUUUUUUAAUGUUCAGAUGGAUUGGAAUAAUUUGCAACUUGCAAACUUUUUGUUGAAUAAACUCGUUGAAACUCAA